UGGACACUAACAAGGAUGGAAAAGUGGAUGUGUCCGAGCUGAAGGCAGGCCUGGAUGCUAUGGGCAUCAAGGCUGAGAAAGGGGCAGCUCAGGUAGAGUAACGGAUCCAAACAGGAGUGCGCAGAAAUCCCAAAUACGGAGAGAAAACCACAACAAAUAUUUCUUGUAGCGGCAGCGUUAACCUUAAAAGAAGUGAAAUUACAGCCGCCAGAGCAGCCAAGUGCAGUCAGAUUGACUCUUAGAAGGUUAUUUAUUUGUUUUCGUUACCGAUCUUUAUGAUGACUGGAUUCUUAUUUUUUGUGCGCAUUACACUGACUUUUAACCAAGUGUCCGAUUUUCGCAGGCAAAGGUCUGUCUUUGAGAGGAUGCACGUGGUACUAAUUUUUUGACUGACAAAAUAGUGCAAUUAUAACAUAAUCGUCUCAUCAGCUGAUUGUUACACCCCAGGUUAUUUUGGACCUCUAGACACCUAAGAUUUGCAGUUCAGCCAGAGAUAAAAGCGAGAGCGGUGUAGUGCAGCCUCAGUAAUAUUUUCACAAGUUGGAAAAAGUAAAAGUUCCCACGACACCUCAUCAGCAGAAGUUCAAAUUCCUAGGAAGCUUUGGGAGCUUUUAAGGACUUGCUCUUGCUCUUAGAACUGAAGAAUCUUCUCAGAUGAGAGGUGAAACAUCUUCAAGAAACUUAAAAAAGUCCAGACGCUUUUCUUUCCAAUCUCCUUAGAAUACGAUGACCUGGAUGACUGAGAACCUUCACAGACAUACUAUUAAGUACUUGUUUUUCAAGUUUAUCCAUGCCUAGUUAGGGUUAAAAGCAUUUCUUAAGCCAUCUAGAUUCUAAAUAUUGUUGCAUGCCCUUCCUUUCUUUGAGCAAGGCAAUUAAGUCCAUAUACCUGCACAACAGGCUCCAAAAGAUCUGACAGCAGUCUUGUCCUUAAACUAACACUAAAGCUCUCCUCCACAGUCACAAACAGUCACUUUUGUGUAGCUGCUGAAAAUUGCUCUUACUCUGAAAGUGCAGUAUCUGUGAGAGGUUAUUUCCACGUGCAUGCUUUGUUGUCAUGGCUUAAAAGUAUUUUCUUCAGUUUCUUGAAAACAGCUUGAGUAGUGAAGACAAACUCUGAAUUCUCUGGAAUUGCACUCAGGACACCCAGGCGUCUGUAAAGAGCUGAAGGGAUUGGAAAAAAACUGCUCUAGAAUUUUUAAAGCUGUCUCAAAGGUGAACUUUUACUGUGGGCUGAGACUGUAAGUGGAAGGUCCCACCUUUACUAAUCAAACAACUGCACAUUCCCCGCACAUAACUGUGUAAUAAAUGGGUAGUAAGACAGAUAACCUAAUUUGGUCAGUGCCCUCAUUCGGAGCAAAAAUUCAUCUGUCAAAACUAUAAUGCUCUCCUCCUUUGUGCUCUCAUACAAACAUACUGACAGUUCUCAUUUGCUGGUUUACUUCUUAACAAAGAGCCAAUGCUCAUAACAGAUUUGGUACCAGGCGUUAUUUUUGUUUCCAUUAAUUCGCUUCAGCCUGGAGAAACAAUGGAUUUUUUUUGUCUUGAUCUUGGGACAUCGUCAACACUUGUGAAAGCAAUGGCAGUAACUCGGGCAGACAGAAGGCUAAAAACACAGAGAGUGAGUUGAGAUAAAGUAAAGGAGCAUUUUGCUGCGUUAUUCUGCCACCAACCGCCACAAUCAGCCAGCUGCUGUUUGAGCAGGAGAUGGAAGACUCCCCUUAUGGCUCAGCAGAACCCAGACCUCUCCCUCCGCCUUAUGAGGAGAAAAUUAUUUCUUCUGGAGACAGAAACAAAGAUGAGGGGCUCGACUUCAGCGAGUUCUCCAAGUACCUGAAAGAACAUGAGAAGAAAUUACAACUGACCUUCAAGAGCUUGGACAAAAAUAAAGAUGGUCGUAUAGACAUUACGGAGAUAAGGCAGUCACUUGCUGAUCUGGGGCUGGAAAUCAGCAAAGAGCAUGCAGAGAAAAUCCUUCAAAGUAUUGAUGUGGAUGGCACCAUGACUGUGGACUGGAAUGAAUGGCGAGAGCACUUCCUGUUUAACCCAGCCACCAACCUGCAGGAGAUUGUCCGCUACUGGAAGCACACCACGGUUUUGGACAUUGGUGACAGCCUCACCAUCCCAGAUGAGUUCACAGAGGAAGAGAAGACGACAGGUCUGUGGUGGAAGCAGCUGUCUGCAGGAGCAGUGGCGGGUGCUGUGUCCCGUACAGGAACCGCCCCUCUGGACAGAAUGAAGGUGUUCAUGCAGGUGCACGCUUCUACAACCAACAAAAUCAGCCUGGUCAGCGGCUUUAAGCAAAUGCUAAAAGAAGGAGGGGUGGCUUCUUUGUGGAGAGGAAAUGGUAUCAAUGUCAUGAAGAUCGCCCCCGAGACAGCCAUUAAAUUCAUGGCUUAUGAACAGUAUAAGAAGCUGCUGUCCAGUGAACCGGGUAAGGUGAAGUCCCACGAGAGGUUCAUGGCAGGAUCGUUGGCUGGAGCCACCGCACAAACUGCCAUCUACCCCAUGGAGGUGAUGAAAACCCGUAUGACCCUAAGGAAAACCGGACAGUACUCGGGAAUGUUUGACUGUGCCAAGAAAGUCCUGAAGAAUGAGGGAGUGAAGGCAUUUUACAAGGGCUACAUUCCCAAUAUUCUGGGCAUUAUCCCCUACGCUGGGAUAGAUCUGGCAGUGUAUGAGAGCUUGAAGAACUUCUGGUUGUCCCACUAUGCCAAAGACACAGCCAAUCCAGGGGUUCUGGUGCUGCUGGGCUGUGGUACCAUUUCCAGCACCUGCGGCCAGCUGGCCAGCUAUCCCCUGGCUCUGAUCCGAACCCGCAUGCAAGCACAAGCUUCUGUUGAGGGCUCAGAGCAGCUGCCGAUGAAUCUGAUGGUGAAGAAGAUUAUGAAAAAGGAGGGCUUCUUUGGACUUUACCGCGGCAUCCUGCCCAAUUUCAUGAAAGUCAUACCAGCCGUCAGCAUUAGCUACGUGGUGUACGAGUACAUGCGGUCUGGUCUGGGUAUUCAGAAGUAGGCAGCAGAGUUCUCAGUGACCGCAUGUGUUUACGAGUGCAAGAAAAGGUGCACCCAACUUUUUUUUAAAAAUUUCAAAACACUCCCUCCUUUUUUACAUAUGUUGUUUGCCCUUGUUUACCUGCAGUCCACUGAGACCGCAGGCCUUUGCUCAUACAAAGAAAAUCCUGCAGCGCUAACGCAGGGCUGACAGUGAGUAGGAAGAUCUCUACAAAGUUUCCAAAUGUUGUUUAUGUUGAUUGUGCACUCCUAGCUUUAUGUACUCCAACAAGCCUCAUGAUCUACUUCAGAUCAGUUCAUCUCUGGCUUUGAAAACCAAGAACACUUAUCAGGGUAAUUUCUUUUUGGUUUAAUUGUUGAAUAGAAACGUUACUCUAAUAUUUAAUCAAAAAGUCCAAGAAGUCACCUGCUGCAAUCUUCUGUUUUUUUGUUUAUCUUCUUAUCAUCAAAAAUAAUUUGACCAAGUCCCACGUGUGGUGGGAAAACUGUUUCACAAAGAAAUCCAAAGAAACUAAAACAAACAAACAAGUGCAAUACUGUAUUUACACAUUGUGUGACAUCUGAGAGAGGUUUGACUUUUUAAUAAGGGAUUUCAUCUGAGGGUCAUUGGUUCAUUUAAAGGGUCUUUUUAUACAGGACAGAAGUAGAAUUGUGCCUUAUAUGUUUUUUUAUUCUCAGAUAUCUGUGGACUUCAACACCCCUGUUUUCUCUUGCCUUUCUUUCAAAUAUGUCUUUAUUAGGCGCUGGUGUUUAUGUGAAUAAAUCUGGAUACAAAUGUUAGAA